CUUUUUUCAUGGAAAAGGUAAGUUUUGUACGGAUAUAAUGCUACAGGAAUUCAAACAAGACAAUUCUGCUGCAGACAUAUCUCAAAAAAUUUGUAAUGUACACGGUAAGGGUGUAAUAACAUAAUAUUAUCAAAACUAUUAAAAAAUCAGGACACACACACACAUACCUAUAUACAACUCAAUAAAUACAUGUUUCCCAAAAAAACGAAAUUUGAGGAUGCAAUUCAACAUUCGUUACAAACGUAAUACCUUGCAGAUAUAAUAAUGCAUUAUAUGUUAAAUAAUGCAUUAUAUGUUAUAUAAUUACAAUCAUAUAAAAACUGACGUGUACGUAAGAUUAACCACGCAUCUUUUAAGAAGCAUGUAUACUUCACGACUGCCUGGACUAAACUGACUGUAAAGACUGUUUGGAAAAAUCAAUUGCGCUUGCGCGAACUUCGGUCAAGAUAUCAUGACAUGACUAUUUUUCUGAAGAAAUAAAUAUCUGUUUUUACGGCGCCAAAUCGAUUGGGUAAUCGCCCACUUUUCUCUCCCGCGCAAAUUGCGAGCAAAUUAUUUCUAUAGCACCUUAAAUUACAUCUUGAUAUUUUGUAUUACUUUCGUCGGUGAAUUUAUGUUAAAUUAAGGAAUUUUGCUAGAAAAUGCGCUAGAGAAAUAUUAUAUAAUAUUCUUUAUUCGAAGAAGAAAAUAGGUAAAAUCGCUUUAUCGCGAUAUAUAGCUCUCAAAUACGUGUGGAAACCAGACCAAGAGUGACCUGUAUGGAUACUGAAUUUCUUUACAUUCAUCAAAUUUCUCUGGUCGCAAUUGGGUUAUGGCCUUACCAUCGAACAAUACUUGUUCAACUUCAGUCUUCUGUGUUUUCUCUUACUAUGAUUAGCUCUAUUAUAUUUCAGCUUACAACAUUUCUAACUACAGAAUGGACUAUUGACUUUAUCGUUGAAAUUCUUUCUAUAUCACUUUUUCUUCUUUUAUGCGUAAUUCUUUAUACUUCUUUUUGGAUUAACAUGCAUGUUGUGAAGCGUCUAUUGAAAACUCUUCAGCACAUUUGUAGCGACUUAAAGGACGAAACCGAAAUUGCUAUACUAAAAAGAUAUGAACACAUUGCAAAAUGUGUUGCAAUUGGAUUCACAUUGUUGACGAUUUGCGGUUUAUUCAUCUUAACUCUUUUACCACUUCUGCCGCGGAUUUUCGACAUCUUUUUCUUCGUAAAUGAAUCUGAGCCAUAUCGCAAUAUAUAUAUCAGGACUGAAUAUUUUGUCGAUGAAGAAAAAUAUUUUUAUUUUAUUUUGCUGCAUCUGUACGCAGCCCAGUACAUAGCAGGAGCUACAUUACUAGGAGGAGCAAUAGUGAUGACAGGAUACGGUAUAUAUUCUUGUGGAUUAUUUAACAUUGCCAGUUACCGUAUCGAACAAGCAAUGCGGAUAAAUAAUGACGAACUAACUAAUCGGAAGAACAAGAGGAAGAUCGACAAGAAGAUAAGUCAUGCAGUGAACAUUCAUCGCACAGCUCUUGAGUUAACUGAAUUCUAUCUAUAUAACUUCGAAGGAACAUAUUGUCUUAUAAUAGUGGUUAUUGUAAUUUGUUUGAGUCUUCAUCUGUUUGGAGAUUUGGAGCUGCAGAAAAAUAUACGUAGGCGAUCCGAAAAGUAAUGAGACUGGUCCUAAAGAAAGUAAAAGAACGCAAAAUGGCAACGCUGCAUACCUACAUGUACCUGAACAUCUCUUCUAUCAACUUUGAAAAUUCCGUUUCGAUCGGAUCAGUUAACCAUUACUGAUCUAUCGCGUUAACAUUGUUUGUAAUUUGUCUUCGGAAAACAAUAGGGAGAAAAAUGUUGAUCAACGAUAUGCGAUUCAAUUUUGUGUUCGGUUAAGGAAAGCGGCUUCAGAUACUUAUGCGAUAUUAUAAGAAGGUUUUAAAGAACAAUGUAUAACACGUGCAACAUGUUUUCAUUGGCAUGCCGCGUUUCUGGACGAUCAUGACAGUCCAGAAAGCAAGUGGCGUCCAAGCAUUUUGAUUACCAAUGUGAUGAUGAAUACAGCCAGCGUAAUCAUACGAGAAGACUAACGCAUCGAUGUAUUAAAAUAAAUGCUGUAUCACUUCAGAAAGAAACGAAUAAAAAAUUGAAGCAAUUCUAUUGCACCACGACAAUGCGCGGUCCCAUGUGUGGUCCAUACCGCAAUCUGUGCCAAUUUUUAAAGGAUAAGGUUACUAUACUUUCUCUCCUUCCGUACAACCCCUAGGUUUGUGUAUGGUUGUUCUCAGAAGUCAGAAAGGAGCUCAGAGGACGAAAAUUUGGCGAGGAAGAUGAGAUUGUAAAAGCAAUGAAGUCGCAAUGACAACAGCUUUUCAAAGAUGACCUAGAUUUUGUAUUUCAAAAAAGGAUAACGCGUUGGUAAAAGUACAUCGCAUUUAAUGGGGACCAUUUUGCAAAGGAACAUGUAAAUUUAGAUUAGAAACACAGUUUUACAUUUUUUAUAGCAUUUAAUUCAUUACUUUUUGGACUGCCCUCGUAAGUAGAAUGCCAUAAAAGUAAUUGUGGUGGAUUCACAUAUUAUUAGUAGAAUCAUUAAAAAUAUAAGAUAUUUCAGAUGAAAAACAUUUUGCACAUUUUGCUAAUUGAUAAUCAAUUUAAGAGAUAUGCGUGUAUCUAUCUAUCUAUCUACACACGCGCGCGCACACACACACACACACGCACACAUACACAUAAAUUGUUUACUACUCUCUAUUACAAAAAAAGUGUAUGUGUAAUAUAUUAUUUUAGAUCUUUCACGCCAUCAGUUUUGUAUUUAGGAUGGAAAAUUUUCUAUUACACUGUGGUUUUACGGUUGGCAUUUUAACAUCUUCAUUAGGAGUCAACUGCAUCGGUC